CACAAAACCCUUGACUCUCCUUUAAUAUUGUUUCCUCUUCCUCUUCCCCCGCCCCCCUCCCUCUUUUUCUACUCCUUUUCUUUCUUCUUCUUCUUCCCACCAUGUCACACCUCUACAAUCACAACUUCUCUCCAGCAAGAGCUCUCUCUCCACUCAUCAGAACAUCCAACCCAGAUGCUGACAGUCAGUACUUGACUGAAUUGUUGGAGGAACAUCAAAAGCUCCAGCCUUUUAUGCAAGUUCUUCCAAUAUGUAGCAGAUUGUUGAAUCAAGAGAUCCUGAGGGUGUCGAGUAUGUUGCCGAACCAAGGGUUUAAUGAGCUGGACAGACUGCGUCAUAGAAGUCCAAGUCCCAUGGCAUCUUCUAAUCUUAUGUCAAAUGUUCCUGGCUCUAGACUUGCUGGCUGGAAUGGUCUUCCACCCGAGAGGUUAAGUGGACCACCGGGAACAACAAUGGACUGGCAAGGAGCUCCAGCAAGUCCAAGUGCAUACACCGUGAAGAGAAUUUUGCGGUUAGAGAUACCAGUUGACACUUAUCCAAAUUUUAAUUUCGUUGGAAGACUUCUUGGUCCUAGAGGCAAUUCACUAAAACGGGUCGAGGGUACAACAGGUUGUCGGGUGUAUAUAAGAGGAAAAGGUUCGAUCAAGGAUCCAGAACAGGAAGAUAAGCUAAGGGGAAGACCAGGCUAUGAACAUUUAAGCGAGCCGCUCCACAUAUUGAUUGAGGCAGAGUUACCGGCAAGUGUCAUUGAUAUUAGGCUGAGGCAGGCACAAGAAAUAAUCGAAGAACUGCUUAAACCUGUGGAUGAGUCCCAAGAUUAUAUAAAAAGACAGCAGUUGCGCGAGCUGGCCAUGCUGAACUCAAAUUUCCGAGAAGAUAGUCCUGGGCCAAGCGGCAGCGUAUCACCGUUCAACACCAGCAGUAGUGGAAUGAAGCGCGCAAAAACCGGGAGAUAGUAUUUAUCCGCAGAACACUUUGAAGAUGAUCAAACCAGUGGGCUUGGCUUCAGAAACAUAUAUGUGUACACAUUCUACUCUGCCUUCAAGACUCGUACGCGCGUUGGUGUAUUUCAUGGUUUUUGGAACACAAAUCAAAAGUAUAGGAUGGAAGUUCGGGCAGUAAAGUCUCGUUUUUUGCUCUUUUUUUUUUUUUUUUUUGAAUGAUGGAUAUAGUGAUUAAGUACAAAGCGGAAAAGUUAUCGUUUUUGGGUCGUUUUUAUUUAUAUUAUUCUUUUCGUGAUUAUAAGGUGAUGGACGGGCAUGUGUGUUGUAAACUUUAAUUCAUUUGAUUUGAUUUAUUCUUGUGUUAGUAAAACCA